AUGUUCUCCGUUACUGGUCUGGAGUUCUCCUUCACUCAAGCGCCGCAGAGCAUGAAGUCUGUGUUACAGGCUUGUUGGUUACUUUCUGUAGCUAUUGGAAAUAUGCUGGUCGUUGUUAUAGCUGAACUUAAGUUCUUUGAAUCUCAGGCCGCUGAAUUUGCACUGUUUGCAGGACUUAUGAUAGUUGAUAUGUUCAUUUUUAUGUUACUCGCUAUGGGCUAUACAUAUGUUCAACAUCCGGAUGAUCCAGAACAUGGUCAUGUAGAGGAAACAUCCAAGAGUAACACUAAUGGUAAUGCAAACCGUGUAAGAAAUGCUGGACAUUCCAAUGCUGCUUUUGAUGAUAACGAAAAGUAGUACUUGAAAAUGAUAAGUUUGAGUUCAAUGAUUUCUUUCUGGCAUUAUUUCCGGAUUUGAAAAUCAUAAAUCAUAAUUUGGCGCUGUGAUGUACUUAAAUCUGCACAACUCGUUUAUUUUGUAUAUUUUGUUGUAUUUUAUUUUAUAUAUCAAAAAAUUCGAAUUUUUUAU